AUGACAGGAAAGAAAACAGCACUUGUGUUUGGAGCCAGCGGCGUCUCCGGCUGGUCAUUUGUCAACGAGAUUCUCCAUGACUACCCCACUACCGGCGUCUGGGACGGCUGCAUCGCACUCACGAAUAGGCCACUUGAUCUCGAAAAGACGCUAUGGCCCAAAGAUGAGAGAUUGUCUGUCGUCUCCGGCGUUGACUUGCUGGGAGGGGAUCAAGAUGAGUUGAAUAAGAUAAUGAAGCAGAAGGUCACAGGCAUCGAGAUGGUUACCCAUGUUUUCUACCUAGCUUACAAGGCUCACACGGACUGCAAUUAUGAGGCCGAGUAUCACGAGAACAUUGACAUGUUCAAGAGGGCUGUCAUCGCUGUAGAUGGCCUCUCCCCGGCACUUGAGUUCGUCGUUCUACAGACAGGUUCCAAGGCCUACGGCUGUCACCUCCUUCGUAAUCGACCAAGCAAUAUGGUUCCUCCAAUGAAGGAGACGCUACCGCGAAUGAGCCCGCCGCAUGAUGCAGGCCUCUUCUACUACCCGCAGCUGGAUUGGAUCGCCGAAUAUGCCAGCGACAGGUCUUGGUCGUGGUGCGAAACGAGACCCGAUAUUGUCGUCGGAUUCGUCCCCAACGGCAACUGGUACUCUCUUGGGACCGUCUUGGGCAUCUUCUUCAGCUUGUAUCGCUACAUCCAUGGUGCCGGCGCUGAGUGUCCCUUUCCUGGAUCCGAGGAUAGCUGGAACGCGCUGAGUGUAGAUGCUUCGGCGGACAUGAUUGCGAGGCAGACACUUCAUUUGUCAACCACGGCCGCCGGGUCCAUCAAGAAAGGGGAUGCUUUCAACGUCGGCGAUGCGAAAAGGGCGUCGUGCUGGCGAGAGAAAUGGCCAGUGCUGUGCGAAUAUUUCGAGUUGAAAGGCGUAAAGAGCAAGCAGGACAACCCUAUUGAGGUGCGCAAGUUCAUCCGGGAAAACAUAUCGAGGUGGGAUGAGCUGGAGACCAAGCAUGGGCUUGAAAAGGGGCAUGCCGACAAUCCCAUGAUCUACCCCGGAUUUGAGUACUUUCUCCUGACGCAGUUCGACGCGGACCGGCAGUUUGACAUGUCGAAAAUGUACAGCACCGGCUUUGGCGAAGAGCGAUCGACAAUCGAGGCUUGGGGGAAGGUGUUUGAUCGGAUGAGGGUGGCCAGAAUCAUCCCGUCGGCGUUCUGA